ACUUCGAAACAGAGAAGCGAGCGAAAGAGAAGAAAACAGAAAGGAAAUAAAUUUUCCUAAGAUUUCCCCGACUUGUCCGCUUGUGACCUUCCCACGUCCUCUGAAGUAUUGAGAACAAUUUCAUUUAAUUGUGGCCAGAGUUUGAAGGGUGCUGCUACAGGAUAUUUUCAGGAAAACAAUAAAACAAUUAUGCCUACUCGUUGGAACUACCCCGAUCCAGAGCUCCAGGAUGAGCUCCGCAAGAUUGCGAACGCGAUUGUGUCCCCAGGAAAGGGUAUUUUAGCAGCCGAUGAAUCAGUUGGUACCAUGGGCAAACGUCUCUCCGACAUCGGUCUGGAAAACACUGACGAGAACCGAAGAAAAUACAGGCAACUCCUGUUCACCUCCGACAAGCAACUUGGCAACCACAUAAGCGGUGUCAUCCUCUUCCACGAGACCGUCUACCAAAAGGCGGACGAUGGUACCUCCUUCAUCGAGUUGCUGAAGCAAAGAGGCAUCAUUCCCGGCAUCAAGGUGGACACUGGUGUGGUUAACUUGCUGGGAUCUUUAGACGAGACUACGACCCAAGGAUUGGACGAUUUGGGAAAAAGAUGUGCCCAAUAUAAAAAAGAUGGAUGUCAGUUUGCCAAGUGGCGAUGCGUCUUGAAAAUUGGAGAACACACUCCUUCCUACCAAGCCAUUCUAGAGAAUGCAAAUGUUUUGGCCCGCUAUGCCUCCAUCUGCCAAGCCAACAGAAUUGUACCUAUUGUAGAGCCUGAGAUCCUUCCAGAUGGCGACCAUUGUAUUGAACGUUGCCAAAAGGUAACUGAAACUGUCUUGGCCUUUGUGUAUAAAGCCCUUGCCGAUCACAAUGUCUUCCUCGAGGGAACACUCCUAAAACCAAACAUGGUGACAGCUGGUCAAUCCGCCAAAACGAAAGCUUCAAAAGAAGAAAUCGCCAAGGCAACAGUCACUGCUCUUUCCAGAACAGUACCACCAGCAGUUCCUGGUAUCACUUUCCUCUCUGGUGGUCAAUCCGAGGAAGAAGCUACUCAGAACUUGGAUGCAAUGAAUAGAUAUCAAGGCAAAAAGCCAUGGGCUCUCACCUUCAGUUAUGGUCGUGCUUUGCAAGCGUCAGUUUUGAAAGCUUGGGGAGGUAAAGAUGCCAAUGUAGCAGCAGGACAACAAGAACUAAUGAUUAGAGCUAAGGCCAAUAGCGAAGCAUCUUUGGGUAAAUACGAGGCUGGUAGUGCCAAAGGAAAAGCCGGUGACGCUGGUUUGUUCGUUAAAGAUCACGUCUAUUAAUCAAUAUUUUAUAUUAGAUGGAGACUUAUUUUUGUGAACUCGAGGUUUAGAAUUGUGUCUGAAAGCGUCAAUUUUAUUUUACUACAUCUGUAAGACUAAUUUUUAUGAGAGUCCUACCAUGAUUUUUUAGUAAUUCUUAUAUUUUAAGUGUAAAUAUACAAUAAAUUUAUUUGCGUUUUAA